AUGUCAGCUUACAAAGGACAUCUCUCUCCUUCAUAGAACCUAACUUCCAAAAUGUCCUUCCCCAGCGGCUCUCCUGCGGCCAAUACGUUUCUGGUGGACUCGAUCAUUGGCGCGUGCAGGACGGACAGUUUCUACUCCAGCAGCAACAUGUACAUGCCGUCUGGUUCAGAGAUGGGAACUUACGGAAUGCAAACCUGUGGACUCCUGCCGUCUUUCGGCAAGAGAGGGGAGGUUGGUCAUCAAAACGUGGGCAUGAAUGUGCAUUCGUACGUCCCUCAGAUAGAUAACUGGACUGAUCCGAACCGAGCGUGCCGUGCAGAGGCACCUGGUCAAAUUUCAAACUGUCCAUUCUCACAGAGCAUUAAAGAGGAAAGUAACUGCUGCAUGUACUCAGACAAAGCGGUCCAAAAGAGUAGCUCUGCAGACGGAACCGCAUACUCCAGCGCCAUUCCAGAGUCAUGUUCCGUAGAUGGUCCUGAGAUCCCGGUGCCGGGUUACUUCAGACUGAGCCAAACUUACGUCAACGGAAAACACCAGGAAAACUACUGCCAUGACGCGCCAAGUCCAAACCCAACAUUGAUGCAAUUGAGCCGGGUCACCCCUAAACCGCAGUCCUCCUCUUCCUCCUCGUUGUCGUCAACCUCCAACUUCACAGAAGGAGAAAAGAAAAACGAAGACGCCUUGCAAAAGCAAGAAUCUUCAAGGACACCAGUCCCAGCAGAUAGUCCGGAGCCCAAAUCUGGCUCUGAGGAGAAGCACUGCUCCAUGGACGCACCAGUGUCCAGCCCAGAACUGGCGCACAAGGAGGCAAAAGAAUGCAAGACCGACACCCCAACAAGCAGCUGGCUGACGGCGAAGAGUGGCAGAAAGAAGAGAUGCCCUUACACCAAGCACCAGACCUUGGAGUUGGAGAAAGAAUUCCUGUUCAAUAUGUAUCUGACCCGCGAGCGCCGCCUAGAGAUCAGCCGCAGCGUCAACUUGAGCGACAGGCAGGUUAAGAUCUGGUUCCAAAACCGCAGGAUGAAACUGAAGAAAAUGAACAGAGAAAACCGCAUCCGAGAGCUGACCUCAAACCUCACCUUUUCGUGAGCGCGCAUGUGUGUC